UUCAGAGCCCCUUUUUGGUUUAGUGUUUGUUACAUUUUUUGAUGUUUUGAAAUAUUUAUUUUUAGCAGCAAGAUGUCUUUAGAUGAUCCCCGUUUGGAGUGGAUAAGAGAUCGAGUGUCUGCUGCUUUUAGUUUACCAGACUUCAACUUAUUUGACGAACUUCUGGCCAGGAAUGACGGGGAAUACGAGCAAGUAAUACUGAAAUACCUGAAUGAAAGUAGUGUAAGCGAGCAAGAGACGGUUUCUGCACUCUUUUUCUUCAGUGUGAUUAAAGAAGAGGAAAUAGAAGUUGAAGUGGAAGUAGAAAAGGAUUUGAAGAUCAGAGGAAGAGAGUCUCUCUCAGCUGUACCAUCUCAAGCAAGUGACCGUUCAAAAGUAGAGACACCAGCACCACCUGAAACUGCCAUUUUAUCACCCAGAGAAUACCAGAAUGAAGGAUUUCAAGAAAAGGAAGAAAAUGUUGCAUUAACGGUACAAAGACUACAGCAUACUAUUAGAGUUUUUGAAGAAAACUGCAUACAAGAUGUUGAUUAUAUGUUACAUAACACCUUUAACUAUCACCAAAAUCUUUCCAGUUCUGAAAGUAAAGCCCUUAAGAAUUUACAGUCUAUGGCCAGUAGUUUGAGGUUUAUGAAAAGUGAUAAAGGUAGUAAUAUUGUUGUCAUGAAAAGAGAUUCCUACAUUAAAGGAAUUUUAAAUAUCUUGAACAAUUCCGAUGAAUAUGAAACUAUUUCUCUUUUUGACAUCCACCGAUGUCAACGUUCUAUUCAUUCAUAUUUAUAUGAAGCACUCAUGGAAGGGGACAUCAGUCACGAGCUGUAUGAAUUUUGUGUUAUAGAAGAACCACGUAUUGGGGUCUUUUUUGGGAUUCCUAAAACUCAUAAAUCCCUUGAAAAUCCACCCUUCAGACCUAUCGUUUCCUCACCACAUUCAAUCACUGAAGGGUUGGCGUUGGUCAUUGAUGCCCUAUUGGGUCCUAUCAUCACCCACGAAUCAUCUUUCAUUCGUGAUUCUUGGCACUUUUUGACCAAAAUUAAUCAUUUUAUUUUAACACAUGGUUUUGACCCUCAUAGACAUAUUAUGGCAACCGUUGAUGUGGUGUCAUUAUACACCUGCAUCCCUCAGGAGGAAGGUGUAGAAGCUGUACAGAGUUUUUUGACCAAUUACUAUUCAGGUUUUUCUCACAACACUAUUUCUUUGAUCUGUAGAUUUUUGGAGAUUAUUUUGGAGAAUAAUUUUUUUCUUUUUGAACAAGUUUAUUAUCGGCAAAAAAGAGGUGUAGCUAUGGGGUCCUCAGCUGCCCCUGCUUAUUCCAAUGUUGUUAUGGCACUGUGGGAGCAUCAAUUUAUACCAUUUUUAGUUAAAAAAUAUCACGUUUUGUUUUAUUGUCGUUUUAUUGAUGAUUUGUUUUUCAUUUUUGAGGAUGGGCAGUCAAUUAUUGACGCCUUUCUUACUGAUAUUAAUUCAUUUUCUUCUUAUUUAAAGUUUGUCAUUGGUAGUCAUGGAAUAAAUGUCAGUUUUCUGGAUGUUAACCUUAGAUGGGACUUUGAGGAAGGGAGAAUGCAUAGUCGCAUUUAUCGAAAAAAGACUUUUAACAAUGGAUAUUUACAUUAUAGAAGCGGGCACCCAAAGCAUGUUAUUUCCAAUAUUCCAAAGGGACAGUUCAUCAGGGCAAGCCGCAUGACGUCCAAAGAUUCUGACGCUUUUCAGGAGUUUUGUUUUAUUAUUUCUUUGUUCCUUGAUAGGGGUUAUUACAAACCAGAUUUAAUCCAAGUAGCAACUGAUAUUUAUAACAAGCGGGUUAGUCAUUAUCCACCGUUAUUAAGCCCAAAUUUGGAUAAUUUCUCUUUAAAGAAUAUUAACCAUAGUGAAACAUUGAACCCCAAUAUUAUUUGUUCAUUAGAGAUGAAUUCAGAUUGUCAGCGUAUUCAGAGAAUUAUUUCCAAGAAUUGGAGAGUUAUUAAGGGGAACGCUGAAAUGUAUGAUGUUUUAGGGGACAAACCUUUGUUUGUCCAAAGGAAUCAUUUUAACUUAAAAAAGAUUUUGGAAAAGCAUGGUAAUGAAUCUUGCGGUAUUUCAACUGGUAAGAGGGGAAUGAAUUGUUGUAAUGAUUGUAACAUGUGUAGGUAUAUUUCAUCUGGGCCAUAUAUUUCAGUGGCCCCUUUUAACAGGACUUUUCCUGUCCCUGGUUUUGUAAAUUGUCGUUCUUUGGGUGUUGUUUACAUUGCUUUGUGUUCAUCUUGCACUGCAUUUUAUGUCGGUAUGACGACUAGGCAGUUAAGAACACGCAUCAGAGAACAUUUGUAUUGCAUCAAAACCAGGGACGAUUCUAAUGCACUUUUUAAACAUAGUUUAGAUUGUCAUUCUUUCAAUAAGUUUUUGUUUUCGGUGCUUGAAGUCUGCCAUAAAGAUAUGAGGGAUGGAGAUUUUAAAAAUUACCUACUUCAAAGGGAGACUUCUUGGCAAGUUAAACUGAAAUCUGACCGCCCCCCUGGCCUCAAUGAGGCCAUUAAUGUUAAGUGUUUUUUAAAGUACAGAAAACUGAAAGUAAACAAAAGUAAUGACUUGAGAAUUGAAAUCCAGAAGGUUUACCACUCUUAUCUGUGUGUGUCCCAAAACUGCGUUUCUGAGCAAUUCCUAGAUCUUGAUUGCUUAUAUUUUCUUAGGGCUACAAAAGAAAUUAUUAAUGAACCCACUGAUAUAAAAGAAGCCAAUGAUGCGAUGCCAAAGGUCCUGGAAUGCGGAGUUUUGAAUGGCCAUUCAUUACUUAUGCUCAAACACCUUUUCUCACAGGUGUAUCUACGUCUCUUGUCAUAUAACCAACACAAAAGUGAAGAAGUAACAUCUAGACAAGUGGUAGUAUCAAAGCGAGAACUCAAGGACGAUGCUGAUCACCAAGAACAAGAGAAAAAGAAAGAGCAUCCUACAGAGGCGCACAGCAUUCAGGGCAUUAGAGAUGAGUUCCUCAUGAACAUGCAGAAGUUUCUUGAUCAUAUCCAGGCAACUAUACAACAGAUUGAAGGUGAGAUUAAGCUAGAGAUGCCAGAUGUUAAUUUAGAACUGGACACAAAUCAGUUGGCCUCAGACUCAGCAGUUGUGGAAACGCUUGAGCAGUGUAUAAUGAAUUGGCAGUCACAGAUAUCUUCUGCAAUUGAAGAACAGCUGAAGAAGAUCCCUCAGGGAAAUGGUCCUCUAGCAGAAAUAGAUUUUUGGCGUGAACGGAAUGCCACUCUGAGUGCUUUGAGUGAACAGUUAAAACUGCCGUUAGUUAAGAAGAUCUUGGAAGUAGUGGGUAAAGUUGAUUCUGUAAUUGUACAAAACCUGGACCUGACGGUAAAUGAGCUCAGCAAAUACCAUAUAGAAGCAGCAGACAACGUUCGAUUUUUGUCAACUUUAGAGCGCCAUUUUAAGAAUCUGGCACAUGGCACUGGAUUCAAUAUUGUUCUGGAUACAAUUCCUUCAAUGAUGAAUGCCUUACGAAUGGUAUGGAUUAUCUCACGCCAUUACAAUAAAGAUGAAAGGAUGAUUCCUCUGAUGGAGCGAAUUGCAUGGGAGACUGCAGAAAGAGUUUGCAGAGUAGUCAACAUCAGAACUUUAUUUGGCGAAAAUAAAGAAGCUGCAAAAACAAAAACUUUGGAAGCGAAACGUACAUUGGAAUUAUGGAGAGAGUGUUAUUUUGAUGUCCGUGCAAAAAUUGAAGCCUCAGGACGAGAUCAACGAUGGGAGUUUGAUCGAAAGCGUCUUUUUGAAAAAACAGAUUAUAUGGCCACAAUAUGCCAAGAUUUGCAUAACAUUCUUCAGGUAAACUGGGUCCACCUUGGCAAAAGGAGAUUAAAGCUUUCACUAUUAAGGUAUUUGAAGAAUGGAGUUGACCUAAGAGAAAAUGCUGCAAUUGAAGGUGAAGCUAAAAAUUUUAUAGAUGAGUCAUUUAAAACACUCCGAUCUGCAGAGGCUGCUUUUGACAUGCUCCUUAAAUUCAAACAUAUCCGUUCUAGAGAGGCUAUCAAUCGACAAAUGAUGAAAAAAUUUAACGACAUUCUGGCGCAGUAUUGUAAGGAGGUUGACAUAGUAAACAAUCUAUUUAUUAAAAAUCUUGAUGAUCCACCACUGAAUAAGAAUCACCCACCUGUAGCAGGCGCAGUAUGCUGGGAACGGUCAUUAUUUAAUCGGAUUAAACACACCAUCAUUCGCUUUCAAGAAGUGGAAGAGAUGCUAGCUAGUGAACAAGGAAAAGUUGCAAGAGCAAAGUACCUGGAGGUGGCAAAGAGAAUGAAGGAAUAUGAGGACAGGAAGUAUGAGUGCUGGAAAGAUGAAACUGAGCAGGUACUACCAUCUCUUCUAAAAAGAAGCCUGCUUGUAAAAGUCCAGGUUCCUGCAGCUGCAACUCAUGGAUGUCAUGACUCUUCUGAAUCAGCUUUAGAUCAAGGUGACUCGGAAGGGCUGGAGAAGAAUGUUCGCUAUUUGGUCAACUUUGCUCCAGAGCUGUUGGAGAUUAUUUCUGAAACAAAAUAUUUGGAGCAGUUAGGGUUCAGCGUACCUGAGCUUGCCAGAAAUGUAGCCCUCCAGGAGGAUAAGCUUGUUAGAUAUACAGAUGGACUGAAACAAAUGGUUGAACACUAUCAUUCAUUAACUGGAUUGCUGAACGAUGCAGAGACACAGCUUUUAGAAGAACAUACUCAAGAACUCAGUAAAGUGCUGAGAACAGGAUACAAGAGAUUGAACUGGAACUCUCUGGGUAUCGCUGAUUAUAUCACUCGUUGUGGUCAAGCUAUUGGGAAGUUUGAAUCCCUUGUAAAUCAGAUUCAGAAGAUUUCUCGAGAUAUUGAUGCUAAGCUUUCAUCAAUUGAGUCAGCAAACCUAUUUAAAUUCCAGUCUUCUGUGACUAUAGGCAAUCUUUCAGGUGUGAAAGAAUUUUUUGAAUUCAUUGAACAUGAAAGAGCUAAAGAUACUGAGCAUCUGGUCCGCAUGUACAAUGCAAUUGGCCCACUCCUUACAAAAAUGGAAGGCUUAGUUGUACACAGUAACACCGGAAGAUCAUCUAAAAUGGCAAAUUAUUAUGCAUAUUGGGAACGUAAAAUUUAUAAUGGCCUUACAAAGAUGAUUCUAAAGAAUCUCCAAGGUUUUAGCUCUGCAGUUUUGGGGAACACUCCUCUUUUCCAAAUUGAAGCGAUGCUUUCUGUUCCAGAGAUAGUUUUACAGCCAAAUGCUACUGAGAUCUACAAAUUAACUGUCCAGUGUAUUCGUGACUGUGUGGAAAAGACCAAGGGUUUUUUAAGAUGGAAGCAUGGCAGCUGCAUUGAGUGCCCCCCUCAACAUGUUGAAGGAGAAGAUGAACCAGUUAUCUUUAGUUUCUACAGUGACAUUUCUCAGAAUCCACAGAUAAUUGACCAGGCUUUUGCUGUCUCUCAGAAUAUGCAGAAGCUCCUUUCCUUACUCUCCAAAUACCUAAAUCGGUGGAAAAGAUACCGCCCUCUUUGGAAAAUGGACAAAGCAAUUGUUAUGGAAAAAUUUGCAGCAAAAAGACCAUCUUGUGUCAUGUAUGAUGACAAAUUACAGUUUUAUUCGAAAAUUGCCCAAGAAGUUGCUCAGCAGCCUUUGGUUAAAGAUGAACAGUGCAUUAAACUUCAGUUAAGUUCUUUGGCAUACACAAUACAAGAAAAUGCCAGUGCUUGGGUUAGUUCACUUGGAAAGUUGCUUAACGAUUUUGCCAGAGAUGAACUUCAUAAUCUUCAUGGUGAAUUAGUACAACUCUCAUCAAACCUGAAGAAAACCCCAGAUACACUUGAAGAUUUGAAAUUUGUUCUUGGCACUGUAGCUGAUAUCAGAGAUAUGUCACUCGUAAUAGAGAUGAGAUUCAGAGAUAUCCAGGAAAGAUAUCGCACACUCAAAGUGUACAAUAUACAGGUAACUGAUUCUGAAAAAGAACUGGCUAGUAACAUCAGACAAGUAUGGGAUGAUCUUUUUAUGGAGUCAAAACAGGUUGAUUACAGUCUUGGAAAUGUGAAGAAAAAAUUCACACAGAUCACCAGAGAUCAAACGGAUGACUUCAAGAAGGAGCUUGGUACAUUUGCAGUUAAAUUUCGAACUGUGGGCCCCGGUGCUGUUGGCGAUAACUUAGAAAAAGGUUUAGAAAUCCUUACUUUGUUUGAGAAAGAACUGGAACAGUAUGACAAGCAACGCCAGGAGUUAGCUAAUGCAGAGAAGCUGUUUGAUCUACCAGUUACAAUGUAUCCAGAUCUUUUGGCUGUGCAAAAGGAAAUGAAGGGACUGAAGCAAAUCUAUGAUAUAUAUAAAGCACAGAAAGCUGCAAAGGAAGAAUGGUCACAAGCACUGUGGGCAAACCUGAAUGUACAGCAACUUCUAGAAGGAAUUGAAGGUUUUCUUAAAGCUCUCCGAAAACUGCCAAAGGAAGUUCGAAGCCUGCCAGUUGCCUUCCAUCUUGAGUCAAAGAUGAAGGAAUUCAAGGAUUCAAUUCCAUUAUUACUUGAUUUGAAGAAUGAAGCAUUGAGAGAGAGACACUGGAAGGAGCUUAUGGCUAGAACUGGUACUAGUUUUGAAAUGAAUCUUGAAACCUUCACACUUGAAAACAUGUUUGCCAUGGAGCUUCAUCAACAUGCUGAUGUCAUCAGUGAAAUUGUUACUUCAGCAGUGAAAGAACUGAGCAUUGAGAAGGGUGUGAAGGAGGUUGUAGACACGUGGGAGAACAUGAAGUUCAUUGUUCAGAAGUAUUACAAGGGAACUCAAGAGCGGGGAUACAUCCUGGGCACUGUGGAUGAAAUUCUUCAAAUCCUUGAUGACAAUGCAAUGAAUUUGCAGAGUAUGUCUGGAAGCAGAUUUGUUGGGCCAUUUCUGCAUUCAGUACAGAAGUGGGAGAAAACUCUUUCUUUAAUUAGUGAAGUUAUUGAGGUAUGGAUGGUGGUACAAAGAAAAUGGAUGUAUCUUGAAAGCAUCUUUAUAGGUGGCGAUAUCAGGUCACAGCUACCAGAAGAAGCUAAAAAAUUUGACAAUAUUGACCAGAUACUAAAAAAGAUAAUGUCGGAUACAGCAAAGGAUCCAGUGAUCAAACGAUGUUGCCUGGUGCCAAAUAGACUCUCAGAUAUUCAGAAUCUAUGUGAUGGUCUUGAAAAGUGCCAGAAAAGCCUAAAUGAUUACUUAGAUUCUAAAAGAAAUGCUUUUCCAAGAUUUUUCUUCAUUUCUGAUGAUGAACUGCUCAGUAUUUUGGGAAGCAGUGAUCCUUCGUGUGUUCAGGAACACAUGAUAAAGAUGUACGACAACAUAGCAUCCCUAAAAUUUCAGGAGGGCAAUAAUAAUGAAAUGCUGGCAACAGCUAUGAUCUCAGCAGAGGGGGAAGUCAUGGACUUCCGUCAAUCUGUAGCAGCUGAGGGGAGAGUUGAAGAUUGGAUGACUGCAGUUCUAAACGAGAUGAGAAGAACAAACAGGUUAAUUACUAAAGAAGCUAUAUUCAGAUACUGUGAAUACCAAAGCAGGGUUGACUGGAUGCUGCUUUAUCAAGGUAUGGUAGUAUUAGCUGGCAAUCAGGUAUGGUGGACUUGGGAGGUCGAGGAUGUCUUCAUGAAAGUUAAAAAAGGAGAGAAACAAGCAAUGAAGAACUAUGCUAAAAAGAUGCACCAGCAGAUUGAUGACUUGGUGACAAGAAUCACACAGCCACUGGGCAAAAAUGAUCGUAAAAAGUACAAUACUGUCCUUAUUAUUGAUGUGCAUGCCCGCGAUAUUGUAGACAUAUUUGUUAGAGACAGCAUUAUGGAUGCCCGUGAAUUUGAAUGGGAAAGCCAGCUUCGUUUUUACUGGGAUCGAGAACCAGAUGAGCUUUAUGUUCGACAGUGUACUGGUACAUUUGCUUAUGGAUAUGAAUACAUGGGCUUGAAUGGACGUUUGGUUAUCACUCCCCUUACAGACCGUAUAUAUUUGACACUCACUCAGGCACUAUCAAUGUAUUUGGGUGGAGCUCCUGCAGGUCCAGCUGGCACGGGUAAAACGGAAACAACUAAAGACCUGGCAAAGGCCUUGGGUUUACUGUGUGUAGUGACAAACUGUGGUGAAGGAAUGGACUACAAAGCAGUUGGGAAGAUUUUCUCUGGAUUGGCACAAUGCGGUGCUUGGGGCUGCUUUGACGAAUUUAACCGCAUAGAUGCCUCUGUACUUUCAGUGAUUUCCUCUCAGAUCCAGACAAUUCGAAAUGCACUAAUCCAUCACUUGAAAAGAUUUCAGUUUGAAGGACAGGAAAUUGCAAUGGAUGAUAGAAUGGGAAUUUUUAUUACCAUGAAUCCUGGUUAUGCAGGUCGUACUGAACUGCCUGAAUCUGUGAAGGCUUUGUUUAGGCCUGUGGUAGUCAUUGUCCCUGAUCUUCAACAGAUCUGUGAAAUCAUGCUUUUUUCUGAAGGAUUUCUUAUGGCUAAGACUCUUGCCAAGAAGAUGACUGUUCUGUAUAAGCUAGCAAAGGAACAACUUUCUAAACAACAUCAUUAUGAUUUUGGACUGAGAGCUCUCAAAUCAGUAUUGGUGAUGGCUGGAGAACUCAAGAGGGGGUCUCCUGACCUCAGUGAGGAUGUGGUAUUAAUGAGAGCUUUGAGAGACAUGAAUCUGCCAAAGUUUGUGUUUGAAGAUGUUCCCCUUUUCCUGGGCUUAAUCUCUGAUCUUUUUCCUGGACUUGAUUGUCCUCGUGUUCGUUAUCCAAGUUUAAGUGAUGCGGUAGAGCAGGUGCUACUCGACAAUGGCUACAUACUGUUGGCAGUGCAGGUGGAUAAAGUUGUCCAGAUGUAUGAAACAAUGUUAACUCGCCAUACUACUAUGGUAGUAGGGCCUACAGGAGGUGGCAAGUCUGUUGUUAUCAAUACUCUUUGCCAGGCUCAGACAAGACUUGGAUUAGUGACUAAGCUUUACACAUUGAAUCCAAAAGCCAUGAGUGUUAUAGAACUCUAUGGUAUUCUAGAUCCUGCAACACGGGACUGGACUGAUGGAGUAUUGUCAAACAUAUUCAGAGAAAUUAACAGGCCAACGGAUAAGAAAGAAAGAAGAUACAUUUUAUUUGAUGGUGACGUUGAUGCUCUCUGGGUUGAAAAUAUGAAUUCUGUAAUGGAUGAUAAUAAACUGCUUACUUUAGCAAAUGGUGAACGCAUCCGGCUUCAGUCACACUGUGCAUUGCUAUUUGAGGUUGGUGACUUGCAGUAUGCUUCUCCUGCUACUGUAUCUCGAUGUGGUAUGGUAUUUGUGGAUCCCAAAAACCUACGAUUUAAACCAUUCUGGCAGAAAUGGGUUAGAACAAGAUCAAAUAAGGAACCAGCUGAACUAAAUCGUUUGUUUGAAAAAUAUGUACCUCAGUGUAUAGAAAUGAUUUUGGAGGGCAUUGUAGAUGGCAGACAAGGAGAAAAGUUAAAAACCAUUGUUCCACAAAUAGAUUUGAAUAUGGUAACCCAGCUAGCUAUGAUGUUGGAUGCUUUAUUGGAGAAAGAAGUUGAAGAUCCCAAUGUUCUUGAAUGCUAUUUCCUUGAAUGCUUAUAUUGUUCUCUGGGAAGUUCACUACUGGAGACAGGAAGAAUGAAGUUUGAUGAGUACGUCAAACGUCUUGCCUCUAUGCCUUUGGCUAAUGAAGAAAAAACAUUGGCUGGGCCAGGGGAACUCCCAGGACAGCUUCCAACUCUUUAUGACUUCCAUUUUGAUGGUGAACAAAAGAAAUGGAUUCCAUGGAGCAAGUUGGUACCAAAAUAUGCAUAUAAUCCUGAAGUUAAAUUUAAUGACAUUUUAGUUCCCACAGUAGAUACCACGCGCACUAACUGGUUGUUGGAGCAGAUGGUAAAAAUUAAGCGCCCGGUUGUUCUUGUUGGAGAAUCUGGUACUUCUAAGACUGCAACAACACAAAAUUUUCUUAGGAAUUUGAACAGCGAAACCACUAUGCUGUUAACCAUCAAUUUUUCUUCACGUACUACAUCUAUGGAUGUUCAAAGAAACUUGGAGGCUAGUGUUGAGAAAAGGACCAAAGACACUUAUGGUCCCCCACUAGGAAAACGUCUUUUAGUUUUCAUGGAUGAUAUGAACAUGCCAAGAGUUGAUGAAUAUGGGACUCAGCAGCCAAUAGCUUUGUUGAAGCUACUUCUAGAAAAAGGUGGAAUAUAUGACCGUGGUAAAGAGUUGAACUACAAGAUUCUUCGAGAUCUUGGGUUUGUUGCUGCAAUGGGGAAAGCUGGUGGAGGUCGUAAUGAAGUAGACCCUAGAUUUAUCUCACUGUUCUCAGUUUUCAAUAUACCAUUUCCAGCAGAAGAAUCACUACAUUUGAUUUAUACAUCAAUUUUAAAAGGGCAUACUAAGACAUUUAUAGAGGAUAUUCAGACAAUUUGUGAAAAGCUGACCUUCUGCACCCUGGAAUUAUACAAAUAUAUUAUUCGGGACCUGCCACCUACACCAUCUAAAUUUCAUUAUAUUUUUAAUCUACGUGAUCUUUCCAGAGUAAUCAAUGGGCUAAUACUUACAACACCUGAACGGUUUCUUUCAGUAGGCCAGAUGGUGAGAGCGUGGAGAAAUGAAUGUCUAAGGGUAUUUCACGACAGGCUGAUAAAUGAAGAAGAUAAAACACUGGUUCAAGAACAUAUCCGUCACUUAGCUGAAGAACAUUUCAAAUCCGAUGUUCAUCUGAUCAUGAGAGAUCCUAUUCUUUUUGGUGACUACAGGACUGCAAUGCAUGAGGGAGAACCUCGGGUUUAUGAAGACAUUCAAGACUAUGAUGCAGCCAAAGCUCUUUUUCAGGAAAUCCUUGAGGAAUAUAAUGCAGUUAAGACAGUGAUGAACCUUGUGCUAUUUGAUGAUGCUCUGGAGCACUUAACUCGUAUUCAUCGAAUCAUUAGGAUGGAUCGGGGUCAUGCCCUUCUUGUAGGUGUUGGUGGUUCUGGCAAGCAGUCCUUAACAAGGCUGGCAGCUUUUGCAGCUGGAUGUGAAGUAUUUGAAAUCACACUCAGCCGAGGAUAUGGUGAAAAUAGCUUCCGUGAUGAUUUGAAGACAUUAUACACAAAGCUUGGAAUUGAAAACAGGAAGGUGGUUUUUCUCUUUACAGAUGCUCAUGUAGCAGAAGAAGGUUUCUUAGAACUUAUCAAUAACAUGUUGACGUCUGGAAUGGUGCCAGCUCUUUUUCCAGAGGAUGAGAAGGAGGCAGUUUUAGGUCAGAUACGAGAUGAAGCCAAUAAGCAUGGUGUAGGUCCUGCAAAGGAUAAUAUUUGGCAGUAUUUCAUAAACAAAAGUGCCAGCAACCUGCAUAUUGUUCUUGGGAUGUCACCUGUAGGAGAUACUCUAAGGACACGAUGUCGAAACUUCCCAGGUCUCGUAAACAAUACUGGAAUUGAUUGGUUCUUACCUUGGCCCCCUCAAGCUUUGUAUGCAGUUGCUCAGUCCUUCUUAGGUCAAAAUCAGAUGAUUCCAUAUCAGCAUUCAGAUGAAGUAAUUGGUCAUGUCGUUCUGGUGCACGAAUCUGUCGGCAAGUUCAGUAAAAAAUUUCAGCAACAACUGAGACGAAGCAACUAUGUUACUCCUAAAAAUUACCUUGACUUCAUCAAUACCUACUCCAGUCUUUUAAAUGAUAAAGAUCAAUUCAUUUUAGCUCAAUGUAGGCGACUGGAGGGCGGAUUGGACAAACUAAAGGAAGCUAGUGUUCAGCUAGCUGAACUGAAUGUAAAGCUUGCAGAGCAAAAAGUUGUUUUGGCUGAAAAAUCAGCAGCCUGUGAGGCCUUAUUACAAGAAAUUGCCAGUAAUACUGCUGUGGCCGAGGAAAAGAAGAAACUUGCUCAAGAGAAAGCUGCUGAAAUAGAGGAGCAGAAUAAAAUUAUUGCUGUAGAAAAGCAGGAUGCAGAACGUGCUCUGGCUGAAGCUUUGCCUGCCUUGGAGGCUGCCAGAAUAGCCCUACAAGAUCUCGACAAAUCUGAUGUCACUGAAAUAAGAGCUUUUGCAAAGCCCCCCAAACAGGUGCAAACUGUUUGUGAAUGCAUUCUCGUAAUGAGAGGGUACAAAGAAAUUAAUUGGAAGGCUGCUAAAGGAAUGAUGUCAGAGGCUAACUUCCUGAGAUCCCUGAUGGAAAUGGACUGUGAUGCCAUUACUGUGAACCAAGUUAAAAUUAUCAGAGGCUUUCUGAAGAACCUUAACACCACAUUUGACGAAAUGCAAGCUAUCAGUAAAGCAGGAUCUGGAAUGCUUAAAUUUGUUGAAGCAGUUAUGGGUUAUUGUGAUGUGGCAAGAGAAAUCAAGCCAAAGAGAGAGAAGGUGGCUAAACUAGAACGUAACUUCUAUCAGAGUAAACGAGAACUUGAAAAAAUUCAGGCAGAACUAACUGCAAUUCAAAAUGAAUUAAAGGCUCUUAGUGAUAAAUAUGAGGCUGCAAUGAGGGAGAAACAGCAACUACAAGAAGAAGCAGAGAUCAUGGAGAGAAGAUUGAUCGCAGCAGACAAACUUAUUUCUGGAUUAGGAUCUGAAAAUAUUAGAUGGACAAAUGAUCUAGAAGAAUUAAAACAGAGAAGAGUGAAGUUAUUAGGAGACUGCCUUCUUUGUGCUGCAUUCUUGAGCUAUGAAGGUGCAUUUAGCUGGGAUUUCCGUAAUGAAAUGGUGUAUGAGCAGUGGCAAAAGGAUGUUUUGAAUCGAGGCAUUCCUCUUAGCCAGCCUUUUCGGGUGGAAAGUCUUCUAACCGAUGAUGUAGAAAUCAGCAGGUGGGUGUCAGAAGGCUUGCCACCUGAUGAACUCUCUGUUCAAAAUGGUAUUCUUACAACCAGAGCAAGCCGCUUCCCUUUAUGUAUUGAUCCUCAACAGCAGGCAUUAAAUUGGAUUAAGAAGAAAGAAGAGAAGCAUAAUCUGAAAGUCUCCUCAUUUAAUGAUCCUGAUUUUCUGAAACAGUUGGAAAUGGCCAUCAAAUAUGGCUUCCCUUUCUUAUUCCAAGAUGUUGAUGAAUACAUAGAUCCAGUAAUUGACAAUGUAUUGGAAAAGAACAUAAAGGGUGCCCAGGGAAGGCAGUGUAUCAUUCUGGGAGACAAAGAAGUUGAUUAUGACCCAAACUUCAAGCUCUACCUUAAUACCAAAUUAGCAAAUCCUAAGUACUCACCUUCCGUUUUUGGAAAAGCCAUGGUUAUCAACUAUACAGUUACACUGAAGGGUCUUGAAGACCAACUCUUGAGUGUUAUUGUGGGAUUUGAGAGAAAGGAACUUGAAGAACAGAGAGAAUUGCUUAUCCAGGAGACCAGUAAAAACAAAAAACUGUUGAAGGAUCUGGAGGAUUCACUGUUGCGAGAGCUGGCAACAUCUACUGGUAACAUGCUUGAUAACGUGGAGCUGGUGCAUACUUUAGAGGAGACAAAAUCUAAAGCAACUGAGGUAUCAGAAAAACUGAAACUGGCUGAGAAGACAGCAGUAGAUAUUGACAAACUGCGUGAUGGAUACAGGCCUGCUGCUAAGAGGGGUGCUAUUUUGUUCUUUGUUUUAGCGGAGAUGGCACUUGUUAACAGCAUGUACCAGUACUCUCUAGCAUCAUUCCUAGAAGUCUUUGAUUUUUCACUUCGUAAAUCUUUGCCUGAUAGUAUUCUUCAUAAGAGACUGAAAAACAUCAUGGAUACACUAACCCACAACAUGUAUAACUAUGGCUGCACAGGUUUGUUUGAGAAACAUAAAUUACUGUUUUCAUUUAACAUGACUAUCAAACUUGAACAAGCUGAAGGAAGAGUCCCGCAGGAGGAGCUUGACUUUUUCCUAAAGGGAAACAUUUCACUGGAGAAAAGCAAAAGAAAGAAGCCUUGGCCUUGGCUCAAUGAUCAGAGCUGGGAGGAUAUUAUCCGCCUGGCAGGGCUUUUUUCUGACACAUUCGGUUCUCUCCCUGAUGAUAUUGAGAAACAUGAGAAGGAAUGGAAACAAUGGUAUGAUUUGGAUGCUCCAGAACAGAAUCCAUUUCCUUUAAUCUACAAGGAAAACCUCAACAGUUUCCAGAAACUACUGCUUCUUCGCUGCUUCAGAGUGGAUCGUGUUUACCGUGCUGUAACUGACUAUGUUACUAUAACUAUGGGUGAAAAGUAUGUUCAGCCUCCAGUGAUCAGCUUUGAAGCUAUCUUUGAACAGAGCACACCUAAUUCUCCUGUUGUUUUUAUUCUAAGUCCUGGUUCUGAUCCUGCAAGUGAUCUUAUAAAACUAGCUGAGAGAUCUGGCUUUGGUGGAAACAGAAUCAAGUUUCUUGCUAUGGGCCAAGGUCAAGAAAAGGUGGCACUACAACUUUUGGAAACUGCAGUGGCCAGAGGACAAUGGUUAAUGCUUCAGAAUUGCCACCUCUUGGUAAAAUGGUUGAAAGAUUUAGAAAAAGCACUGGAGAGAAUCAGUAAACCACACCCAGACUUCCGACUCUGGCUUACUACUGAUCCAAUAAAGGACUUUCCAAUUGGAAUCCUUCAGAAAUCCUUAAAGGUUGUAACUGAACCUCCUAAUGGACUGAAACUGAAUAUGAGAGCAACUUAUUUCAAGAUCUCAAAUGACUCUUUGGGUCAAUGUCUUCACCCUGUUUUUAAAUCUCUGGUCUAUGUGUUAGCAUUCGUCCAUGCUGUGGUUCAAGAAAGAAGGAAAUAUGGGAAAAUUGGUUGGAAUGUGCCUUAUGAUUUUAAUGAAUCUGACUUCCAGGUGUGCUUGGAGAUCUUGAACACAUACUUGACCAAAGCUUAUAAACAGAAUGACACCAGGAUUCCAUGGGGGAGUCUGAAAUAUCUUAUUGGAGAGGUUAUGUAUGGUGGGCGUGCUAUUGAUAGCUUUGAUCGCCGUAUUCUGACAACAUACAUGGAUGAAUAUUUUGGAGAUUUUAUAUUUGAUGCAUUUCAACCAUUCCAUUUCUUUAAAAAUGAAGAGGUUGAUUACAAGAUCCCAGGAAGUGGUGCUAAAGAUGUUUAUGUUGAUGAAAUUGAAUCACUGCCUCUUGCUAAUACUCCAGAAGUAUUUGGCCUUCAUCCCAAUGCAGAAAUUGGGUACUAUACACAGGCAGCUCGGGAUAUGUGGAAACUACUAAUAGAACUACAACCACAAACAGGUGAAACUGGAAGUAGAAUUAGCCGGGAAGACUUUAUUGGACAAGUGGCCAAAGAUAUACAGAAUAAGUUGCCAAAAGUUUUUGAUCUUGAUAUCAUCAGAAAAAAUCUGGGACAUGAAAUUUCACCUACUACUGUUGUUCUACUUCAAGAGCUGGAACGCUUUAACAAACUUAUUGCUCGCAUGUCCCGAUCACUUGCUGAACUGCAAAGGGCUUUAUCAGGGGAGGUUGGUAUGAGCAGUGAAUUAGAUGAUGUUGCACGUGCUCUCUUCAAUGGACAGAUCCCCAAUAUCUGGAGAAAGCUGGCACCAGACACUCUGAAGUCUCUGGGAAAUUGGAUGAUUCAUUUCAAGCGGAGAUUUGAUCAGUAUACUUCAUGGGUAGAGGAGGGUGAGCCUAAUGUGCUUUGGUUGUCUGGACUACAUAUUCCAGAAUCUUACCUCACUGCCUUAGUUCAAGCUACCUGCAGGAAGAAUGGAUGGCCACUUGAUCGUUCCACACUGUACACUCAGGUCACAAGGUACCAGACACCAGAAGAAGUUAAUGAACGUCCUGGUCAAGGUUGCUUUGUUUGUGGCCUAUAUCUGGAAGGUGCAGACUGGGACAUUGAAAAGUGCUGUUUGGUGAGGAGUAAACCCAAAGUACUUGUGGUUGAAUUGCCAGUAUUAAAGGUUAUCCCUAUCGAGUCUCAUCGUCUAAAACUUCAGAAUACCUUCAGGACUCCUGUGUAUACCACAUCUAUGAGAAGAAAUGCAAUGGGAGUAGGUCUGGUGUUUGAGGCUGAUUUGUUCACUACAAAACAUAUAUCUCACUGGGUUCUUCAAGGUGUUUGUCUUACUUUAAACUCAGAUUGAGUACCCCCUAGUAUAGCCUUAGCUGUGCAUCUGAAAAGGCGUUGUUUCAUCAGAACAUAUCUAGUGCACUGUGCAUUUGCAAUUGUAAGCUAUUACAUAUUACAACAGUAUUUUAUUAGUAUUAUAUUGGUGCAAUAUUAAAGCAGUCUGUCAUGGGAAAAUAUUAAUUUUGCUAUACAUUUAGUAGUGCUGCAACUGGUUAAAUGGACUUAUCCUUAACAUUUUGUUGUAGAAAGUCAAAAAUGUUAAUAUUGUAAUAGCAAUGUAAUAUUUAUAUUGUAAAAAAUAUA